AUGAGCUAAGAAAUAAGUUAGCAAUAAGAUAUUCUUACAAUGGCUGUUGAAGCAAACGCAAGUAUUGCAAUUUAAUCAGGUUUAGCGUUAGCACAAAAGGCAAUUCAACUUGAGCAGGAAAAAAACUGUGAAGCCUUGGCUAUUGAUUUUUUUAAGAAAGCUAUCAUCAUUUUAGAAUAAGAAAUAAUUUACUGCAAAGGCUAGUUUUAAACUGUCCUUCAAACUUUGAUUUUUAGCUACUAAAAUAGGUGCAAAUCUCUUUCGUUAUAAAAGUAAAAGAGAGAACUAAUUGAAAUGGAGAAUCAUUUGGAAACUUUCGAUAUCAUGGACCCAUACAGCAUUUAUCCAAUAAAAAAAUCUGACUUAUUAAAUAUAGAGGGAGAUAGUAGAUUUAAUCCUUUUCUUUGCUAUUAAUAAGGAGCUAACAGCUAACAAAUUUCUUUAGAAACUCUAUUAAAUGUUGUAGAAGAGUUUGAAAAGAUAGAAAUGAAUAUAAAACUACUCUUUACCAGUAUGCAUUAAGGAGUAUAAUUAACUAAGAGACUAUUUAUUACUCCUUUGAUAUGGUAUAUGCCAAUAGAAGAAACAGAAAUACUUAAAGAAAAACAAGCUGUUAUGCAUGAAUUAGGUUAUAAUAUUGAAUAAAUCUUAGUUAUGAAUAAGUAUAGUCCGAGCUAUGAGUUUUUUGGUAGUGUAAAGUCAUUGCGUGAAUAUUGUUAGAGUGUUUAUAAAAAUAAAAAAUACUUAAUAGAAGAAAAUAUACAAUUUUUAAACCCUAAUAAAAAUUCUAAUAGUAAUCCCAACAGCUAAAAUAACCAGAUUAAUGGCAACAUCGUUAACAAUAAUGCCAAUAGUAGUAGCAGUAAUAAUAUAAGCUUACUUUCUAAUGAUCAGCUUGGAUCAAACUAACAAAAUACUUUACAAUCUAAACUUAACAAUAAGUUUGACCAAUAUAAAAACACAUUCUUAAAAAAGUUUAAGAAGAUUUUAAAAACAGAAAAUGAAGAAAAGCAAUAAAUAGACUAUUACCACUAAUUCGUGAUAAAAAUAAUUCUAAAUGACCUCUACGUAAAAUACAAUCAAUAUAUAAGCUAUUCAAAAAAAAAGUAAUCCUGA